CUCUUUUUUUUUUGACGAGCUCGCAUACACAUCACCAUGUCCGGUUCCAAGGAUCUCUUGUCGGCCAACGACAGAAUCCAGCGCUUUGCUGCUCCCAGCCGACCCCUCAGCCCUCUCCCCGCGCACGCUCUCUUCUCCGAGAAGACGCGAUGCUUCGUCUACGGCCUGCAGCCCCGCGCCGUCCAGGGCAUGCUGGAUUUUGACUUCAUCUGCAAGCGAAAGACUCCCUCUGUCGCCGGCAUCAUCUACACCUUUGGUGGCCAGUUCGUCAGCAAGAUGUACUGGGGCACCAGCGAGACCCUGCUGCCCGUCUACCAGCAGGUUGACAAGGCCAUUGCCAAGCACCCCGACGUCGAUGUCGUCGUCAACUUUGCCUCUUCUCGAAGUGUCUACAGCUCCACCAUGGAAUUGAUGGAGUGCCCUCAGAUCAAGACCAUUGCCAUCAUUGCAGAGGGUGUUCCCGAGCGACGAGCUCGUGAGAUUGCUCACGUUGCCAAGAAGAAGGGCGUCACCAUCAUUGGCCCCGCCACUGUCGGUGGCAUCAAGCCCGGCAGCUUCAAGAUUGGUAACACUGGUGGUAUGAUGGACAACAUUGUUGCCUCCAAGCUGUACCGCAAGGGUUCCGUUGGCUACGUCUCCAAGUCCGGUGGUAUGUCCAACGAGCUCAACAACAUCAUCUCCCAGAACACCGACGGCGUCUACGAGGGUGUCGCCAUUGGUGGUGACAGAUAUCCUGGCACCACUUUCAUCGACCACUUGCUGCGAUACCAGGCCGACCCAGACUGCAAGAUCUUGGUCCUGCUUGGUGAGGUCGGUGGUGUCGAGGAGUACAAGGUGAUUGAUGCCGUCAAGCAGGGCAUCAUUACCAAGCCCAUUGUCGCCUGGGCCAUUGGUACCUGCGCCAGCAUGUUCAAGACCGAGGUUCAGUUCGGCCACGCUGGUUCUUUUGCCAACUCACAGCUCGAGACUGCCACUGUCAAGAACCAGUCUAUGCGCGACGCCGGCUUCCACGUCCCCAAGACUUUCGAGGACAUGCCCGCCGUUCUCAAGGAGGUCUACGACAAGCUCGUCAAGGAGGGCACCAUUGUCCCCCGCGCCGAGCCCGUUGUCCCCAAGAUCCCCAUCGACUACUCUUGGGCCCAGGAGCUCGGCCUUAUCCGAAAGCCCGCUGCCUUCAUUUCCACCAUUUCUGACGACCGUGGCCAGGAGCUGCUUUACGCCGGCAUGCCCAUCUCCGAUGUUUUCAAGGAGGAGAUUGGCGUCGGUGGUGUCAUGUCUCUGCUGUGGUUCCGCCGCAGGCUGCCCGACUACGCCUCCAAGUUUUUGGAGAUGGUUCUCAUGCUUACUGCCGACCACGGUCCCGCUGUCUCUGGUGCCAUGAACACCAUCAUCACCACCCGUGCCGGCAAGGACUUGAUCAGCGCCCUUGUCUCUGGUCUGCUGACCAUUGGUUCCCGCUUCGGUGGUGCCCUUGACGGCGCCGCUGAGGAGUUCACCAAGGCUUUCGACAAGAACCUCAGCCCCCGUGACUUCGUCGACAGCAUGCGCAAGCAGAACAAGCUCAUCCCCGGUAUUGGUCACCGUAUCAAGUCGCGAAACAACCCCGACUUGCGUGUUGAGCUUGUCAAGGAGUACGUCAAGGCCAAGUUCCCCAGCCACAAGCUGCUCGACUACGCUCUGGCCGUCGAGACCGUCACAACCUCCAAGAAGGACAGCCUGAUCCUCAACGUUGACGGCUGCAUUGCCGUGUGCUUCGUCGACCUGAUGCGUAACUGCGGCGCCUUCUCCGCCGAAGAGGCCGAGGACUACCUUUCCAUGGGUGUUCUCAACGGUCUGUUCGUCCUGGGCCGAAGCAUUGGUCUCAUUGCCCACUUCCUCGACCAGAAGAGACUGCGCACCGGUCUGUACCGUCACCCUUGGGAUGACAUCACCUACCUGCUGCCCAACCUCAACGAGGGCCAGCCCAGUGGCCAGGGCAGAGUGGAGGUCCAGAUGUAAGCAGAAGCCGAGAGGAAACAAAAGGAGCAAUCAGAAUAUAUUAUACAACAGUUGUGGGAAUUUGAUGAAGGAAUUUUGGGAAGGGAAAGUGGUUUGUCAAGACCUAAAGUUAGCAGCACACAUAGCCCGUAGUCGCUGCGGUGGGAACG